AUGCUUCGGACUCGCUCUGAACCGAAAACGAUGGUUGCCUUUGGAGCAACGGAUGCUCCGGCCAAAGGGUUAAUGAUCCUUGAACGGAAACAGGCAGGUGGGGAGACCAUUGAGCUGACUGAAGAGGGCCGGCCUGUUGAGGUGACUGAGAAGCACCAGCCCAUCGUCGACUGCACCUGCUGUGGCCUCCCUCGCCGCUACAUCAUCGCCAUCCUCUGUGGCCUGGGCUUCUGCAUCAGCUUCGGCAUCCGCUGCAACCUGGGCGUGGCCAUCGUCAGCAUGGUCAACAACAACACCGUCUACGAAGGGGACAAGCUCAUUGUGAAGAAAGCGGAGUUCAACUGGGAUCCUGAGACAGUGGGCAUGAUUCAUGGAUCCUUCUUCUGGGGUUACAUCGUCACCCAGAUCCCAGGAGGGUUCAUAGCACAGAAAUUUGCUGCUAACAGGGUUUUUGGCUUUGCCAUUGUGGCGACAUCAACCCUGAACAUGCUCAUUCCAUCGGCCGCAAGGGUCCACUUUGGCUGCGUGAUCUUCGUGCGGAUCCUGCAAGGCCUUGUGGAGGGGGUCACCUACCCAGCAUGCCACGGUAUCUGGAGCAAAUGGGCACCCCCCCUGGAACGCAGCCGCCUGGCGACAACAGCCUUCUGUGGCUCUUACGCAGGGGCUGUGGUGGCCAUGCCUCUCGCCGGGAUCCUAGUGCAGUAUUCCGGGUGGAGCUCGGUAUUCUACGUCUACGGCAGCUUUGGUAUCUUCUGGUAUAUCUUCUGGCUGAUGGUUUCCUACGAGAGUCCUGCGCAGCACCCAACCAUCACCGAGGAAGAGAGGAAAUACAUAGAAGAAAGCAUUGGAGAAAGUGCCAGUCUUAUGAAUCCCCUUCUGAAAUUCAAAGCCCCCUGGCGCAAGUUCUUCACUUCCAUGCCUGUCUAUGCCAUUAUUGUGGCCAACUUUUGCCGGAGCUGGACCUUCUAUUUGCUCUUAAUUAGCCAGCCGGCCUAUUUUGAAGAAGUCUUUGGCUUUGAAAUCAGCAAGGUGGGCAUGCUUUCUGCUUUGCCUCACCUGGUCAUGACGAUCAUCGUGCCCAUUGGGGGCCAAAUCGCCGACUACCUGCGGACGCGAAGGAUCAUGUCUACCACAAACGUCCGCAAGAUGAUGAACUGUGGGGGUUUUGGCAUGGAAGCCACACUCCUCUUAGUGGUUGGCUAUUCCCACAGCAAAGGCGUAGCAAUUUCUUUCCUUGUUCUGGCCGUGGGUUUCAGCGGUUUUGCUAUUUCAGGAUUUAAUGUGAAUCACUUGGACAUUGCCCCCCGAUAUGCCAGUAUCCUCAUGGGGAUCUCCAAUGGCGUCGGAACUCUGUCAGGGAUGGUGUGUCCCCUCAUCGUUGGAGCUAUGACCAAACACAAGACACGGGAGGAGUGGCAAUACGUCUUCCUCAUCGCCUCUCUAGUGCAUUACGGGGGCGUCAUCUUCUAUGGGAUUUUCGCCUCUGGCGAGAAGCAGCCCUGGGCCGAGCCAGAAGAGAUCCACGAGGAGAAGUGCGGCUUCAUCCACGAGGACGAACUGGCCGACGAGGAGGACGAAGCGGCCCGGAUGGCCGCAGGAGGGGGUGGGGGAGGAGGAGGAGGAGGAGGGGGCUACGGCGCCACUAAGAGCACCAGUUUUGCCAAUGGAGGCUGGACGGCUGACUGGGACAAGAAGGAAGAAUACGUCCAGGAGCCUGGCAAAGAUUCGUAUAUGUACGGCACGCCAGGAGAGAGGGACUUAUCGUAG